AUGCCUCAACCACCCCUCCGCAUCGCAAUCCUCGAAUGCGACACUCCCCUCCAAAACACCAACUACAAAUACGGUGGAUACAGCGGAGUAUUCACUUCCCUCCUCCAACGCGGAGCCUCCUCCCUCACCCCUCCUCUCCCCGAAUCAUCUCUCCAAAUAAGUAAAUAUGACGUUGUAACCGCGCAAGAAUAUCCUUCUCUUUUCUCUAUAGAUGCCGUUCUGAUUAGCGGAUCCCGUCAUACAUCCUUUGACUCCGAUCCUUGGAUAUUGAAGCUUGUGGAGUUUGUGAAGAUUGUUUUGGCGCAGGAGAGAGUGAGGGUUGUUGGGGUUUGUUUUGGUCAUCAGAUUGUGGGGAGGGCGAUGGGGGUGAGGGUCGAUAAGAGUGAUAGGGGGUGGGAGGUUAGUGUUACGCCGGUUAAGUUGACGGGAAAGGGGAAGGAAGUUUUUGGGUUGGAGAAUUUGGUUUAUUUCCCCGUUCCUACUACAUGGAAACGAUUGGAGCUAAUGAUUCAACAGAACAUAUUUCAGAUGCAUAAAGAUAUUGUGUAUGAAUAUCCUGAGGAAGUGGAACAAUUGGCAUAUACGGAUAAAUGUGCAACGCAAGGAAUGUAUAUCAAAGGGAGAUUAAUAACGGUACAAGGACAUCCGGAGUUUACAGAGGAGAUUGUAAGGGAAUUGCUGGAGGCGAGACAUACUUCGGGCGUGUUCGACGACGAAACUUUCAAGGAUGCAAUGGGGAGGGUGAGCAAGGACCACGAUGGUGUCAAGAUCGCACAAGCUUUCCUGAAAUUCAUCAUGGAAGACUAG